AUCUGUUACGCGUCUUUUGCGCUUGUGUGAUGAGAAAUAUCGGCACAGAGUAAACCAAAAACAGUCACUUUUUACCUUUAUUUUGUUGGACUUUAACUUCUCAGCGCUGGAUUUUGGAUCCAGUCUCACUUGGAUUAAAACUUUUUAGACCUGACGCGCUCUCUUCCUAUUUCUGUCGCCGGAAUAACGCUGUUGGAGUAGGUGUGCUGCGUUUCUCAUCUCCAUCCAGCCGUCUCGACAUCAGCGCACAGUAAGGUGGCUCAAUGUUACUCUACACAUGGAGACUUACAGAAUGACCUAGCGGGUGUUUUACCAGAAUUAUCCAGGCUGGAGACGAGCUGAUCGGUGUGAUGAAGGAUCGACUGGCUGAACUGAGUGCUGGUAGGACACGAGCAGAGGAGGAUGUUGCAGUCGCAGUGGACAGAGAUGGCUUCAUGGAGAGCUUCUUUCGAAGGGUGGAAGAAGUCAGAGGACUCAUCGAUAAGAUCUCCUACCAAGUGGAGGAGGUGAGGAAGAUGCACAGCAUGAUCCUGUCUGCACCCAACCCAGAUGACAGAACAAAGGACCAACUGGAUGCACUGACCAACGAUAUCAAAGGGAACGCCAACGUGGUGCGAACCAAACUAAAAUCCAUGGAGCAAAGUAUGCCCAAGGAUGAUGUUGCUAAUAGAUCGUCUGUUGACUUCAGGAUCCAAAAAACACAGCACACAGUGCUGUCCAGGAAGUUUGUGGAGGUCAUGACCCAGUACAAUGAGACUCAAGUGUCCUUUCGGGAAAGAAGCAAAGGAAGGAUCCAGAGGCAGCUGGAGAUAACUGGAAGAGUGACCACCAAUGAAGAACUAGAGGGCAUGUUAGAGAGUGGAAAUCCAUCCAUCUUCACAUCUGAUAUCAUUUCUGAUUCCCAGAUCACACGUCAGGCCUUAAAUGAGAUAGAAUCUCGACAUCAGGACAUCAUGCGCCUGGAGUCGAGCAUCAGGGAGCUCCAUGCAAUGUUCAUGGAUAUGGCAAUGCUGGUAGAAACUCAGGGAGAUAUGGUGAACAACAUUGAGAAGAACGUCUCCAAUGCGGCCGAAUACAUUUGUAGUGCAAAAGAAGAGACCAAAAAAGCAGUGAGAUACCAGAAAAAAUCCCGGAGGAAAUACAUUAUCCUUGCCUUUGCUCUGUUGAUCCUGCUUGCUGUCAUUGCACUAAUUGUUGGCCUGUCUGUUGGACUAACCAAACCCCCUGUAUGAGAACUGCUGUGAUUACAGCGCGAGAAACUUCUCUGCCUUGCCAUCUGUGGGGUCACAGGCUUACUCCUUUUACUCAUCAUAAUAUUUGGGAGUCUUUGAGUGAUGGAUUAUUUGAGUCUCACCCUCACAGCAGUCAGGGAGUCAGCUCCUGUAGUGAUGAAACUUCAGUAGCUUCAUAAUGAAACAAAAAUAAGUCAUUCACUAUCCAGCAGCAUUACAGAGAGGAUCUCUUGACCACACUGAAGUGUAAGUAUAAUGUGUGUGUGUGAUCCACUUUGCACCAGUAACUUCAGACCUCAUGAUUCACUGUUCUGGAGCGCUUCUGUACAGCUAGAACAAAGCAUCCUGUCAGCAUACAUCCCUUAGCAGUGAUAUGAUGAACACUGACAGCACAUCAGAUUUAUAUACUGGUGUGCGUUCUGUAUUGCUGCAUUUUUUUUUUCAUGUUAUGUAUCAUUCUCAGACAUUUCUUGAUCUCAUCACUGUAAAGGAUGUUUUUGAAAUAACUCUUUUCACCCUCUUGCUUAGAUUUAGAAGAGAAGAUUGAUAUGCCUGUAUGAUGAAUAUGAAGCUAUCACUAGCAGCCAGAUAGCUUAGCUUAGCUUAGCAUUAAGACUGGAAACAGAAAAACAGCUAGCCCGACUCUGCCAGGAGUAAUAUGGCACAUAUUACUGCCAGACGAUUUCUUGGACAAGCACGGUGACUUCCUGGAGUCUUGUUGUCAUCAUGAGGUUGUCAGGUGGAAGCUCCAGGUGGUCAUUUAACCUUUCGUAAAAUCCACAGUAUGUCAGUUUUACACUUCUGUUUGUGGACAGAUUAAACAAACAACGUAUAACAUGGUAGUAAGUAAGCCUUAGAGAUGGUGGUUGGCUGAGGUUGUUGUCUUUGGACAGAGCCAACCUACCUGUUUCCCUUUGCUCAGAGUCUUUGUGCUAUGCUAAACUUACCAGCUGCUGGCUGCAGCUUCAUAUUUAGCCUACAGAGUGAUAUUCAUCUUCUCAUCUUACUCAUGACAAGAAAGUCAUUAAGCUUUUUUUCCCAACAUGUUGCUAUUUUAAUGCCUUAAUAUUCAAAAGAUAUAGUGACAAUUCUCUUUAUAAACUGAUUGUAUGAUUUGUGUUUACAUAUAUGCUCCUCUUCUCUUAAACCUUCUGUAUAUUCACUGUAAUUCAUGUGAAUUGAAUGUAAAACGACUACAGCUCAGGAGUCCUUUAGAAAUAGAAAAUUGUAAAAACAAAUAGGCCUAUAUAUAUUCUCUGUAAGCAUUUCUAGUUAACCAUCUCAAUCAGAAAUAUUUUCAGAUCAGUCGAACAGAAUUCAUGUCAUUCAGUAACUCUAAAGCAGCAUCCAUACUAAAGUGCCUUGUUGACAUUUAAUAUGAAACCUUAACUUAUUAAAUAUAUUUAUCAUGAUUAUGGUGUGCUAUGACUGAAAUAUUAAUUGUGACAAAAGUCAUACUACAACGUAGGACUCUUGGAUGAUGUUAUUCAAGAGCACACUUUCAUUUUAAUUUGUUCGAUUAUUUUUUAUUUGUGAGUGAUAUCCUGUAUUUUAUAUUGAAACAGAAUUAUUAAGUAAUGUAAUUAAAGAUGAGUAAAAAGUC